CGUGAGAAGUAAAUGCUGACAUUAGCCGCCAAAUCAUACCCACCACCAGCUCAAAUUAUUAUUAUCAAAACCCAGAAAACAAAAAUGUUCAUGUAACAUUCUGGGAACCUAAAGGGAAUGUUAAAUUCAUGUUAAGAAACCCAUCCUGGCUAAUCUGGAAACCAAAAACUGUUAGCUUAGCAUUGUGACUCGGGGUAAGAGUCGUGUAUGGAACGAUGUGAAAACGGUUUUGACGCCACCAAAAAGUGCCAGUGUGACUCUAUGUGCACAUACUACCGGAGCUGCUGCGAGGAUUAUGAUGCCAUUUGUCGUAUUACCACUCGUGGAGACACAUUUUUUUCUUAUCCUGAGGACUAUGAUGAAGACACAAACAGUACAGAGGUGUCUGUAGGUUCUAAAUCACCACACACAGUUGUGACCCCAUCACCAACCAGGCUGUUGAGACCUUUAUCACUAAUCUUGGACGAAACUGAUGCAAAUUUACCAAUCACAACUAGAGGUACUACCACAACUGCAAGCUCACCCACAACUGUAGACCCAGCACCAACAAAAGCUAAAGACCCUGAUGCUGAGAUCUGCAGUGGACGACCUUUUGAUGCUUUCAUGCAUCUCAAAAAUGGCUCUAUCUAUGCCUUCAGGGGAGAAUACUUUUUCGAACUGGAUGAGAAAUCAGUUUUGCCUGGUUAUCCAAAGCUCAUCCAAGACGUCUGGGGAAUUAAAGGUCCAAUAGACGCGGCCUUCACUCGCAUAAACUGCCAGGGAAAGACAUAUAUCUUCAAAGGUAAUAAAUACUGGAGGUUUGAUGAUGGUGUUCUAGAUGAAGACUACCCUCGAAAUAUAUCUGUUGGAUUUGAUCCAAUACCAGACCACCUGGAUGCAGCCUUUGCCAUUCCUGCCCACAGCCAUCGUGGCAAAGAGAAGGUUUAUUUUUUUAAAGGAGACCAGUAUUACCAGUAUGAAUUCAAGCACCAGCCAUCUCAUGAGGAGUGUGUUAGGAUGUCUUUAACCUCUCCUUCAACACUCUUCAGUAGAUAUACUGAUAUUUACUACAACCGAUGGGUUGAACACUUCAAUCAGCUUUUCGGUGGAGCUCAAUUGCACCAUGGUGGCCAUCAUUUCAUUGACAAAGACUGGAUUGGCAUCAAAUCUCCUGUGGAUGCUGUGCUAGCUGGCAGACUCUACGUCACUCCGAGAUGGCCUGGAAGGUGGCGACAGGACAGAAAUUACAGAAGGGAAUGGGACCAGCAAUGGAGCCAGCAAAGGGGCCAACAAUGGGGAUCCAGGCGAAGGCAGAAUAGAUCUCCACACUGGGAAACCUGGGCUGAGAGGGGCAUCAAAAUAGGACAGGAGUUCGCUCAAAGGUUUGAGCAGGGCAGGUGGCAAGACCAGGACAGACGAACGGACUAUCAUAAUAGGCGGAAUGAUUAUGGUUAUGGAGAUAGAUACAACCCUUCUGAAGAUAUAGCCUAUGACAUACUACGCAGGAGACAGCCCUUACAAAGUGUCUACUUCUUCAGAGGAGAUAAAUACUACAGAGUGAAUCUACGGACCAAGAGAGUUGACCUUGCAAACCCUCCAUACCCAAGACCUAUUGCCAAAUACUGGCUCGGUUGCAAAGACACAUCUUUAGCAGAAAAGAGAUGAGAGGCGUUUAUAAAUAUGAAUCAUAUGAGGAGAAAUAAGCUGUCUUAGUGAUGGGUGAUCAAAUAAUUUUUUUUGUUCUUAAAUAUAAUCUACACCCUGUAAUGGUUUUGUCUUGUGUUCUGUUGCUUGGGUCUUUUAUUUUGAAGUCUUGUUUCUGGUUAAAGGCGAAGUAUUCUGUAACUUGGGCCUGCUUACACUCAUAGAUAUGUACACUAGAUGUCGCCUUGGCUACGACAGUUCAUUGGACCGAAUGCGUCAAACAGAGCCGCCAUCUUGAAACAGGGGAAUCCCGCAUCAGAGUCAUUGUAGGCAAUGGUGUAACGGAAAUAAAAUCACCAUAAAUCGUCACGAACGCGAUUUUCUUGGUUUUCUUUUGGUUCGUUUCAACAGUCAGACAUGUAUUUAGCAUUUAGUACAGGAAAAAAUAAAAGUUUUGAUUUGAUGAAAAUUUACUUUUUCUAACUGUAAUGCAUAGUGCUAGUAGCCCUUUCAUCCAUGCGCAGCACAAAAGUCUGGCAUCGUCCAUGAAUUCAAAGUACAGGCGGACAUUGCAGCUUUACCUAGAUACUUCCUAUGACAAGACCCCUGUUCUAAGAUGGCGGCGGUUGACGCAUGCUCAGAGCCCCAAGGCGACAUCUAGUGUAUAUAUCUAUGGCUUACACUAAGCGAGAGAAAGAGCGAGAGACAAAGGGCAGGCAAACACAUACAAAUAGGGCAAAUCAAAAACGUAAUCCAAUAAACAGGCAACAGGUCAAAAUCUAAAACAUAAAAAAAAACAUGAACCAGAGACAAACUACAAAACCCAUGAACGCUUGGUAAGGCAGGUGUUACACUGGCAAUACUUUGCAAUGUGCAUUGGUGAAUGAACCCGCUUUAUACUAACAAACAGGAAGUGAAUGGUGAAGUAAGACAUGGCAUGAUUACAAGAUGAAAGACCAGAAACAAGACUUCAAAAUAAAAGACCCAAACAACAGAACACAAGACAAAACCAUUACACACUCGUGGCUCUCAUCCAGUAAGUUGCAGGGCAGUUCUUUAAGGAAAGUGGACAGCAUGGGCCAAGUAAUGUUUGAUCCCUUAAGAAAAUCAACCAUGAUUUUACAACAAAUAAAACAAAAAACAUGAUUACUAUGAAUGAAUACCAUAAAUUAACCAUGGUUUUACAAAUGAUAAUCAAUUUGGCAAAAACCAUGGUUCUACACUUUUACUAUAAUAAAACCAGGGUUCAUUUUCAUAAGGGGUGUAAAAUCUGGGCCAUUGAGUAACCAUGGGUCUACACCAUCCAAUUUCAAAUUAUUAGCUGUUUGUUUUUAUCUCAGGAACAGGUCAAUGUCACAGAUAGUCAGCAUAAUCAAUAGGGACUAAGUUCAACCCCUGAUCUAUAUUCUGGAUCACUGUGGUGAUUUGUUAAGGUAGCAUUUUAUAUAUAUAAACUGAUUCAUUGCCAAACAUAGGCUUAUACAUUUUACAUUUCAUGUAAUUCGUUAAAAAAGCAAUGGAUUUUGAUGUGUAAGAUCAUAAUUUCUUUUAACAUCAGCAUUUUAAGCUCUUAUACAAUAUCUAGAGUAAUUACUACUUUGGCAAAAGUGAUUUAUUAACUUUUCUCAGUAAAACUGGGAUUUAAUACUGUCUACUGAAAUGUAAUUUUAUAAAUUAAAUUAUUAAAAGCAUAAAAAACAUGUAAUUUCUAACUAUAAUGGGAAUAUAUAAAAAAACUCUCACAA